AUGCCAACCCAAACCGCCAAACUCCUUGGCAUCACACGCUUGCAACCUGCUCAAAUUAGUAUUGGACUUGCUAACCAUACUAUAGCCAAGCCAAGAGGAGUUGUUAUUGAUGUUCUUCUAGAGAUUGGAGAUAUCAAGAUCCCGGUGGACUUUCAUGUCAUAAACAUUCAAGGAGGAUGUGACACACCAUUGAUACUAGGCCGACCCUUUUUGGCCACUGCUGGAGCUGUCAUGGACCUUCCAAACCGGCGAAUGUCCUUAGCCAAUGUGACAAGACAGUCUUUUACAAGACCAUACCAUUCAUCACACCAAACAAGCUGUCUUACCUCAUCACUGCCCAAGGCCGCCCAAGAGAGCCACCAGACCACACUCAAGGAAUCUAAGAACCACACAAUGGUAAAGAAGAUAUACCACAAGAAGAAUGUUCAUAGUUGGCGCGACUUAGAUGGCCGAGCAGAACCUCUCCACGCUCGCCCAUGUCCUCUCAAGCCGCCCAACACACCAUCCCAUCUCAUUCCAUCUGCAUCUCACCCAUCCCACCUCACCACACUUGCAUUCCAUCACUACCAUCAUUCCACUGCAUUCACCAUUCUUCAAGUAACACCAAAUCAGAAAAGGAGUUAUAGCCAAAAGAGUGAAGGCUGCUCCAGACGGCUAUAUCGAGAAUCAGCGCCGAACGCGCAGUCCGGCUGGCCGAGGAACGAUGUUCCGCGCUCGGCCAAAACGUUCCGUCCGACUGAAGUCUCGGCCAAAGUCCAACCGUCGGCCGAUCACGCACACGACCCGGGAAACAUUGUCCCGCGGUCGGCCAAGCCAAACGUCACGCCACGCCGCGCACGACCAGCCGCGCGAGCCGGGAAACAAGCCUCGCGGCCGCGCAACCUUCGCGUACCACGGCCGAUGCAUCCGUCCGAGCCGGGAAGAACGUCCCACGUCCGGCCGAGAAACCAUCGGCCAAAUCUCAUCCGCCGACCACGCCGGCCGACCAUGAAACAUCCGGCCCGACCGUUCCGACUCGGCCAAAGACCCGACUGUCCGGCCGACCGUCCCGACCGACCGUCCGAACGCCGCGGUCGACCCGAAGCCGUUUUUGAAGCCCAAUCCGCACAAUUCAAGCCCAAAGCCGGCGCCGACCUAGCUAGAUUAGGUUUAGCCGCUUCUUAUACUUAG